AUGGGGAGAAAACUGGACCUUUCUGGCUUGACUGAUGAAGAAGCAGAGCAUGUGCUCCAGGUGGUUCAGCGAGAUUUCAGCCUUCGUAAGAAAGAAGAGGAAAGGCUGAGUGAAAUGAAGCAGAAGUUGGAUGAAGAGGGUAACAAGUGCAGCAUCCUUUCCAAACAGCAGAAGUUCAAUGAGCACUGCUGCAUUCGCUGCUGUUCCCCUUUCACAUUUCUUAUCAACAGCAAGCGACAGUGCCAAGACUGCAAGUACAACAUCUGCAAGAGCUGCAGCACUUACCAGAAGAAGGAGAAGGCUUGGAUUUGCAGUGUCUGUCAGCAAGCAAGACUCCUAAGGACCCAGUCUCUGGAUUGGUACUAUAAUAAUGUCAAAAGCCGCUUUAAGUGUUUUGGAAGUGCCAAGGUCCUGAAGAACUUGUACAAGAAGCAUAGACUGGAGAGUGGACUUUGUCCUGAUGCAAUAGCAGAAGGAAGUUUGUAUGAAGGAAGCUUUGAGAAUGAAGGAAGCAUUUGUGGCAGUGACUCUACCUUCUACCAACAGACAGAAGGACACAGCAUGAUGGAUACCCUUGCUGUGGCCUUACGUGUUGCAGAGGAAGCAGUGGAAGAAGCUAUUUCUAAGGCAGAGACCUACAGUGACAGCCUGGACAAGCAGAAUGAAGCUUGUUACUUGCAGGAGCACAAGGAGGACCUCAUAGAAGAACUGGCCACAACCAUUGUUCAGAAGAUUAUAAAGAAGCAGAAAAGCAAACCCGAGCAGGCGGAGGCCGACUUGGAAUGGCCGCCAUCGCGGAGCAGCGGCCUGGCAUCCGGCGCUGUCUCGGAUCAGAGCAUGCUGACGUUCCCAGGGAGCCGCAGGGGAUCCUACACCUUGUGGAGGUCUCAGUCUGCAUUCUCCCUGGCUAGUGAAGAUAUGGCCAGUAAAGGACAAGACCCUGCAUCAUCUGUGGCUGAGGCUCUUGGGAGGCAGCAAAAGGGACAGUCCAAGAAGCAGAAGGAACGCAAGCUCUCUGCUUUACCCAGCUGGAAGAGUGUAGACAGGCUAAAUGAAACAAGUGACCAAGCACUGGAACAGGUUGCCCAGAGAUGCUGUGGAGUCACCUUCACUGAAGAUAUUCAAGAACCUGGAUGCAAUCCUGUGCCAUGUGCAGGUCCACCUUCUGUUUUCCAAAGCACUGAUGGAAACUGGGUGGCUUUGCAGAACGUCACUCUGCCUCGUCCUCGAAUGCUCGCCAAACCAAAGAGUCAGGUGUUCAAAGCUUUGGAGAGCGAGUCCAGCAUUGUGUCUGCCUAUGACGAGAUGGGCUCGGACAGCGAGGAUGACUAUGACUGGAACGUGGCCUUGAACAAGCUGCGGCGGAGACCCCGACAAUUGCCAGAUGACUUCUAUUACUCCAAUUCCCAGUAUGGCACUGAGUGGGUUUAUGGCAACGAUCAGUACCAGGCAGUGACCUCCCCCUCCUCUGGGUUAUACACUAACACUGAGACACUGUUCUCCGAUUCAGAAACAUCUUCAGUAAACUCUUCACAGGAAGCUAAAGGACCUAACAAACUUCUCUGGUUGCAAAGCAGAACUCAAAGUGAUAUGCCCAGAAUGGAAAAGAAGCACUUCCAUGGAGAAUUAGAUGUAAAUUUUAAUCCGCAGGCAACUAGCUUGGAGUAUUCAGACAGCAGUGAGACUGAAGGAGUCCAUUAUGAUUUAGAAAAGAGAUCAAGAAGGUGGAAGAAGAACAAAGCCAUCUCUGAAGACUUAUGUGAAGAAAAGAAUCAGGCAAAAGCCAACAAGAUGAAUUUAAGUCAGGAUUUUGGUGAUUUAUCAGAAACAGAUAUAAGCAAUGAGGAUCAGCACCAUGAUGUCAAGCCUGAACUUAUGGAGGAUGAGCUUAAAUCCAGGUUAUUUCAGCUUGCUGCUAAAAUGAGUGACAAGGAAACAUCAUCUGGUGAAGAACAAGAGUCAGAACCUGGAAUAGAUCUGGAAAACCAGAAAGAAAGUUUGUCCUCAGAGGAAAAUGGCAGAACUCUUCAGGAAGAGUUAAAGAAGUUUAUGGGUAAGAUUUUCCCUCAAGAAUCCCAGGCCCCUGAGACCUAUGGGAAAGCCUGGAGCAGUGAAGACUUAUCCUCGGUAGAGGAGGAUCAGAUUAGCAAAUAUUUCAAAAACUGGGAUGAAAAACAAAAGGCUUUUGAUCUUCAUUUAAAGCUGCAGUUUUUAUCCACUGUAUUGCAGCAGAAGUACUCUGCUGUCUCUCUCUGCAACAUAUCUACAGAAGUCCUGAAAGUCAUCAAUGCUACUGAAGAACUGAUAGCAGAAUCCACCGAUCCCUGUGACUUCCCGGAUGACAUUCAGGACAGAGGAAGGGGAACCCUCCCAUUGGGCACAGAUCCUGUCAGACUUGAUGAGCAGCUCACCACACUGGAAGAAAAUGUGUACCUGACAGCCAGCACGGUGUAUGGGCUGGAGGGGCAGCUGACCAACCUGGAAGAUGCUGCGCGCAAGAUCAACAGUGUUACUGAGGAAUCUGAGCUGGCUGAUCUGGAGGACCAGGUGGCCACAGCAGCUGCCCAGGUUCAUCAUGCAGAGCUUCAGAUUUCAGAUAUUGAGAGCAGAAUAUCAGCUCUCACUGUUGCAGGCUUGAACGUGGCUCCCUGUGUUCGCCUGACAAGGAAACGGGAUCAAAAGCAAACAAACCAGAUGCAUACAAUAGACACAUCAAGACAGCAGAGGAGAAAACUUCCAGCUCCACCAAUAAAAGGUGAAAAAAUAGAUGGCUCUCCAGUUACCACUGUCAGAACGUUUAACAGAAACUUCAUGCUUCAAGGAUCUCUAACACAAAGAACUAAAGAAAGGAAAAGCACUGCCAAGGACUUAAUGGAACCUGCUAUAGGAUCUGCUGUGAUGUACUAAACUUACUCUUCCCUACUGCCAAUAACACACUGCCUAAGGCUGUACACUAGAGUGCCUUUUCUUAACAGCCAUUGUGUAUGUCCAGCUGAAAAUGGACCCUCAAGAACCCACAGAGCCUCAGUUAUAGGGCUUCAUUUGGAUACCUCACUGAGAAAGCUGUCCAAGUCUUCAGCAUUGUGGUCCGCUACAGGAAACUCUGCCUUAAAGUUCUCAGAGGACUCUAGACAGGAUGCUAUGUUUCAAAAGCAAGGCUCCACCUUUUAAGAUGCACUUUUUCUCCCUAUCAAUUGUACUAAAGUAUGUAGUCUUUAAAAUGCAGUAUGUUUUUGUAUACUCAAUCAGUCAUAAUUAUAGGCCAAUUAAUCUGCCAAAGCAGACCUGUGAUCCAUAUUUGCUGACCUCUUACUAUUCAUGUGGGCAUCUGUCUUGUCGAGCAAUAAGAACAACUCUGUGCAGUGUGUGCUGCUUUUCAGCUGCGUGGAGGGAGAGGAGAAUUUGUGUACCUCGCUUUGCUCCCAGGGAGUCAGUGGAAGUCUUGGGAGGGUUGGUAGGAGGGGGAAGACUUCUCUGUUCUCUGAGAGUGCAUCUCGCAGAUUGAAUGUUCCAACUCCAGAGCUAGGGAUAUUGCUCUAGGCAGCAGGGGUGUCAUGCUGAACCAGGAACUGGUGGCCACACAUGUGGACCAGAUGUCUGCUGAGUUGUGAUCCCAGUGUCUGGAAACAUCUGAACACUGUUAAAGAAACCAACACCUUCGUAUGUCUUAUUCUUGGCAGCAUUGUCCACUUGGUGGUGGCCGACCAUGCUGUAGUUCAGAAUAAAUUGUGUCCAAACCUUUAAUAUUGGAAAAAGGAAGUGAAAGUGUUGGAGAUGAGAUCUCUUCUGACUGACUGGUGGUUGUGGGGUGGCUGCAGCUUGCAAGAGAUUCCUUUCUGGCGUUCACUGGUGUUUCUGAAAAGGAGGCAAAUGUAGCCCAGACAUCACUUCCUAUACUAGUCUGGAUACACCAGAGAGUAGCUGGGGCCUGUUGCUGGUGCCACAUGCACCCCACUACUACUGGACCACUCUGAAUUGGAUAGUAAUAUUCUUUCUUUCAUUUCUUGAGACCCUUAACAGGUGAGUCAAACUAGAAGGCCCUUUGGCAGAUGCCCAGGAGGGAGGAUGCUGCUUACAGGGUGUCCCUCUCACCCUUUUGUGGGAGAACAUUGCCAAUUUGUGGUUUUUUUUGCUCUGAAGAAUACAAAGAAGGUAGUCAGAGGAGGUGAUAAGCCAGUGAAUCCCUUACCUUCCACACCAGUGGCAGAGCAGGUACCCAAGAGCAGAUGGGGUUGAUGCAAAAUGUGCUAUGAAGGAAGGCAUGGGCUGGCAAGCUCUUCUCAGCACUAAGGAGUGGUGAGCUCUCCCAAGAGCUGUGGGUACCAGGAAGGAGAGUUCCUUUGUUCCCUGGGACACCAGGCCAUGAAAUGUCUGUGGCUGGGCAAAUACAAGCAAAUUUCCUGACUAGGCUGGAUUUAGGGAGACAAGUGGGGAAGACAGGGAAUGGCUGGAUGGGUUGAUUGGAAAGACAGUGCCAGUUGCAAAUCUGCCAUCCACAUUUGACAUCUAGCUUGCCAGUACUCUGAUGUCCAGCUGCAUGUGAGGAACCCUUGGAAUAACUACAGUCAUCUUCCCACUUACAAUACAUAAGUGUGACUCCAUUCCUUCAAGGAAUUUUCAUCUGCCCAAGAUCUGACCCAAUGUCUUCAUUCUGGGUGAAAUUAGGCCUUCUUUUACUCUCACACAGUAUUAGUUCUCUGAAACUGGUUUGCACAGAUGUGAGGGAAGAAUUUGGCCCACUCUGUUUAAUAUAUAAAUAUAUAUAUAAAACAAAUAGAUUUUAUUUAUAUAUGCAAUCCAGGAAAGGAAAUUAAACAGAGUAGGAUGCCUAUUAAUUUUUUUGUUUUUCAGUCUCCUCCUCCACUGACUGUUCUUGUGUAUGUAUACAAUACAUUCCCAGGUUCUGGUUUAUGCAGGUAUGCGUGUUAUGAAAUGUCAUUAAUGGUGGUUGGUCUGCAUAUUCGUCUAAUAAAUAAUAACUAAUAUUGUGUAUGUAAUAUCAAUACAGAAAUUACUAAUUUUAAUAGAAUAACUCUCUGGCUUUUGUUCCGUUAGUGUGAUUUAAACAAGCCAACAAAGUUUGGAGUAGGUUGUUUUCCUUAAGAGGCAUGAAAAGCAACUAUUAUCGUGUUACAAUGUUAAAGUAUUCAGUCUUCUUUGACAGACAAAUGUGUACUGUGUAGGCAUUGCAAAAAAAAAAAAAAAUCUUAAAAAAAAUCCCACCUGCUCUAAGCAUUUGAAUUUUUACAAAUGUUUAUCGUGCCAAAUACGUGCAAAGAUAUAAUUUACUGUUUUAAAAAAAAUCAUAAAAGCAUAUGUUAUAGCACACAAAGAAUUAUUUUGUCAUCAGGUGAUUUCAAUCUUUAGUGUUAAUAUUUAUAUUUAGAUUAAUUUUUAUAAAUUAAAAUAUUUUAAUGGGUAAAAUGAAGACUAUAUGACCUAUUUGAUUAAGUCUGAGUGAAUAUUAAGCUUGCAUUGUUGUUGUUAUCUGCAUACUCACCAAGAAUUAUUGUCAAGAGAAAUUAUAAAAGAGUAAAAGCGAUUUAUGAAAAUAAUGCCUUUUCAACGACUUGAUUCAUAAAGAAAACAAAAAAUA